CUCCGGCUCGGGCGGCUCAGUCCUCCGCGAGCCGACACUGGAGGCAGCAGCAGCGGCGGCCGCGGCGGCCCCGACCCGCAGCGCCCCACUCUCCCAGCGCCGCCCGCCCCGACGGCAUGGCCCGCAGCCCGCGCUCCGGGCGCCCCCAACCCCGCUGAGAGCCGCCGGGCCCGGACCCGCGUUGGGGCCCCGAGCCGCCGAGAUGAGCCGCGCCGAGUGGUGAUCGCCGCUCGAGAAUGCGGGUGUGAAGGGUCCGAGCUGCCACCCAGCGGGGAGGAGACCCCGGGACGCCGGAAAUCACCAUCCCGGAGCUGCGAGAAGAGGGAAAAGAACAUUCUUCAUUCAGUUGUGUGCCUUGUGGGGGAUUUUUCUUUUUUAAUCGUUAUUUUUUUUUAAAAAAAGAAACCUCUCGGCGCUACUGUCUGUCACCGUCUCUGGGGAAAUCAGCCCGAUCCACCGAACGUAACUGAAAGUAGACGAGAGAGGCAGGGGCCGAGGCAGUACCUGCAGCGUCCGGGCACCAGAGCCACCUUGGAACAGGAACGCGGCUCCGGCGGCCGCGGGGCUGCGGCUCCGCCAAACUUUGGGGCGGGCGGGGCGGGCUGGGGCGCCCAGGGGGCUUUGUAAACGGCAGGCGGCCCCCUAAUCAUGAUGUUUCGCGACCAGGUCGGGGUGCUGGCGGGCUGGUUUAAGGGCUGGAACGAGUGCGAGCAGACUGUUGCGCUGCUGUCGCUGCUCAAGCGCGUGAGCCAGACCCAGGCCCGCUUCCUCCAGCUCUGCCUGGAGCACUCGCUGGCCGACUGCGCCGAGCUGCACGUCCUCGAAGGCGAGGCCAACAGCCCCGGAAUCAUUAACCAAUGGCAACAGGAAUCCAAGGAUAAAGUGAUUUCCCUCCUGUUAACUCACCUGCCUUUGCUGAAGCCAGGAAACCUCGAUGCAAAAGUAGAGUAUAUGAAACUGCUGCCCAAAAUCCUGGCGCACUCUAUUGAACACAACCAGCACAUCGAGGAGAGCAGGCAGCUGCUUUCCUAUGCUUUGAUCCAUCCAGCCACUUCGUUGGAAGACCGCAGUGCUUUAGCCAUGUGGCUGAAUCACUUGGAGGACCGCACGUCGACCAGCUUUGGCAGCCAGAACCGAGGCCGCUCGGACUCUGUGGAUUAUGGGCAGACGCACUACUAUCACCAAAGACAAAACUCCGAUGACAAGCUCAAUGGGUGGCAAAACUCUCGGGAUUCUGGGAUUUGCAUCAACGCCUCCAACUGGCAAGACAAAAGCCUGGGGUGUGAGAAUGGCCAUGUGCCCCUCUACUCCUCCUCAUCCGUCCCCACCACAAUCAAUACGAUUGGAACCAGCACAAGUACAAUUCUCUCAGGCCAGGCACAUCACAGCCCUUUGAAACGAUCUGUAUCCCUUACCCCACCCAUGAAUGUGCCAAACCAGCCUCUAGGACAUGGAUGGAUGUCUCAUGAGGACUUACGAGCUAGAGGACCCCAGUGCCUCCCAUCCGAUCAUGCCCCCCUGUCUCCACAAAGCAGUGUAGCCUCUUCAGGAAGUGGUGGGAGUGAACACUUAGAAGAUCAGACCACUGCUCGUAACACAUUCCAGGAAGAAGGUAGUGGUAUGAAAGAUGUUCCAGCCUGGCUAAAAAGCCUCCGCCUGCACAAGUAUGCCGCGCUUUUCUCCCAGAUGACUUAUGAGGAAAUGAUGGCCCUCACCGAGUGCCAGCUGGAGGCUCAGAAUGUUACCAAAGGUGCAAGACACAAAAUUGUCAUCAGUAUUCAGAAGCUUAAGGAAAGACAAAACCUCCUGAAGUCUUUGGAAAGGGACAUCAUCGAGGGGGGCAGCCUGCGCAUCCCACUCCAGGAGCUGCACCAGAUGAUCCUGACUCCCAUCAAGGCCUACAGCUCCCCGAGCGCCACCCCCGAGGCUCGCCGCCGGGAGCCCCAGGCCCCGCACCAGCCCUCGAUGAUGGGCCCCGAAGGCCAGGGCCCUGACUGCAAAGACAGUGCCGGGGCCACCGGGGCCACGGCCACCCCCUCGGCCGGGGCCAGUGGCGGGCUCCAGCCACACCAGCUGAGCAGCUGUGAUGGGGAACUGGCCGUCGCCCCCCUGCCAGAGGGGGACCUCCCCGGGCAGUUCACUCGCGUCAUGGGGAAAGUGUGCACACAGCUCUUGGUCUCCAGACCUGAUGAGGAAAAUAUAAGUUCCUAUUUACAGCUCAUAGACAAGUGUCUAAUUCAUGAGGCAUUUACAGAGACACAGAAAAAAAGAUUGUUGUCAUGGAAACAGCAGGUGCAGAAGCUCUUUCGGUCUUUCCCUCGGAAAACCCUUCUAGACAUAUCAGGAUAUCGACAGCAAAGAAAUCGUGGCUUUGGCCAGUCCAACUCCCUCCCAACGGCUGGUUCAGUGGGCGGUGGCAUGGGCAGACGGAACCCGCGCCAGUACCAGAUCCCCUCUCGGAACGUCCCUUCCGCCCGCCUGGGCCUCUUGGGCACCAGUGGAUUUGUCAGCUCCAACCAGCGCAGCACCGCAGCCAACCCCACCAUCAUGAAACAAGGAAGACAGGUUAGCUCUGCCCCAGGGAUGAGGGCUGAGGCUUCAGGACCUCCCCUGGAUGAUCCCAAGAACCUUUGGUUUGCCAACCCCGGGGGCAGUAACAGCAUGCCAAGCCGCACCCACAGCUCAGUGCAAAGGACCCGCUCGCUGCCCGUGCACACUUCUCCGCAGAACAUGCUGAUGUUCCAGCAGCCAGAAUUCCAGCUUCCCGUGACUGAACCUGACAUCAACAACAGGCUGGAGUCCUUGUGCCUCAGUAUGACCGAACACGCCCUGGGAGACGGGGUGGACCGGACCUCCACAAUCUAGAAGCUGAAGAUGAGAGUGACCGCGCUGGCCGUGAAAUCGACUGCUGCGGGUCCAGUGUCAGCCAUCUUCGGGGUUGCACAGAAUCCUCCAAGAUACUUUGCAGCCUUUUUUUCCCCUGGUCCCUCUCCCAUUUUGAUUUUGUGAGAGCGUAGGUCACCCUUGUAAACAUAUCAGUAGACCUGAGAUUGGUUACUUUGUCAUUUGUUUCUGUCAUGGGUUGAUUUGGUGUGUGGGGUGGGGAGGGGUCUCUAGGGAAACAUGGGACAGGGAAGGAGGUGGAGGAAAUGGAUGCAAGUGGCUUCCUGGAUGGAAAGGACAAAAAAAAAAAAAAAUGUACUGCCAGGAAAGAGAUAGGAGAGACAUAGGGGGAGGCAGAAGCCCCAGCCCUGGGGAGCCUCGGGCUUCACGGUCAGCCACAGAAGGACAUCAUGGCUACGUGCGACCAAAGCAAGAUGGCAACUUGCCUUUUAAUCUCUCCCCCUGAUUGGAUUUCCCCGAGGUCCCUGUUUGAAACAGCCCCAGGAGAGGGCCUAUGGCAUUGGGGGCAAGAAGGAAGAAAUUCCCUCCAACAAAAUUUCAGAUAAACUUUGAUUUGUGUAUUGUUUACAUAACAAUUUUAAAGGGUACAUAAUGUGUAAAGGGUUUGGGUAGAAUUUCUCUUCAUACUAUGGUUUUUGUAAAAGAUUUGUUGUUAUGGAUUCAUUGUUUUCCUCUGUUUUUAUAAUAGCAGCAGGGUUGUCUUUUGCCAAGCUCUGCCUCUUGGGAGGGUGGACGCGAUCACUAGGCCUGAGCUGGCCUGAGCUGUCUCUCACCGUCGGGUGGGAGGAGCACGUGGGUGGGUUCGAGGGACGAGGAUGUGUCUGGAAUGAGCGCAGCAUUGGGCGAGGGCACAGGGAGGACGGCACCAUGUGAUCAGUUAUGGGUUUGCUCGCAGGGCACCCAGAGAGUCUAAAAGAAUCCUGCGGCCUCUUUCUGUGCUCGAUUUGCUUCUCACCCAGAGUCCUCCCUUCCUUCCCACCCUACCUGUGGGGCUCCAUCCUGUCACUUCCGGCCUUGCUCCACAUACACACAGAUGGGUGCACGUUCCACUGGAGGAGAAAAGGCAGGCAUGGACGGUUGUCCCUUGCAAGAGGUCUAAUACCCAGAUAAUGAGAACAGAGCCUUUACAGUAGGGAUGCUCGUGGGAACCUGAGCCUGGAGGCUGCAUCUCCUCCGCUCAGUCACAGCUGAGGAAGAGGAGGAGAGAAAGGCCCAGCAAUGGUGUAUAAAGGGUCAGUCAGCAAGUGUCAGAGAGAACAUGCGGGGAGACGUGUGGCCCACGCGGCCCAGCCCCACCGUCCAGGGUGGGCAGUGAAAGAAGAUGUUGGAAAGGUUAAUCUCAUGAUGGAAAUGACAGCUCUGUCCACACAGUGUAAGUCAGGGAUUUGCUGUGCUGUUGGCUGAUUUAUCCAGCCACGCAGAGGGGAGGGAAAAAACAGUCAUUACAUGGUGAGAGAUUAACAAACUAUGGUAUCAGAAAGUAAUAGGUCUAUCUCUUAAGGGUAAGAAAGACUACGUUUUGGAAUUUGAUGCAGUGGAGGAUAUGGGAUGAAAUCAAAGAGGAGUGUGCUCUGCACUGGAAAAUUAGGUUGUGUAAAUGAUGGUAUGAAUCCUCAGCCAAAGGCAAGAUCAGGGAGAUGGUAUAAGGCCUGUUUAUCAAAUGGAUGAGUCUGGUUCCUUUUUUUCUUCUUUUUUUUUUUUUCAGUGAGGUGAGAGUCAACAUUAAAGACAUCAAACCAUGAAAAUCACUGCACUCGCUUAUGGUUAGUUUUGGGUUUUUUUUUUUUAAGUUAAUGAAGUAUGUACAGAUUUCAAAGGCUUAAUAAGAUCCCGACACAUUUCUUUUACCUUCAAGAUUAAAAAUAUAUAUCCAACCCACCCUUGGAUGCUGCAACAAGGUGUUUGAAGUCCUUUUGCAGUCUAAAAAGGUGAGCACCCUAACCACAGAGAAACUUGAGUGAGCAAAGAAGGCUCGUAUCCACAAUUUCAUGCAUUGCAUAAAAAAAGGGGGACAGACCUCUCCUUGGGUGACUAAGUUCUAAAGAUGCAAAUCCAUGUGCAGAAAGAGACAACAUCUUUUACUUGAUUUUUUUUUUUAACCAAGUGCCAUUAGCAUUCAUCCUCCACAUCCCUUUUCUAAACAAGCUUAGUGUUACUUGGGGAAUGUGUUAGGAUGGAUUAUCACAUGUAAGGCAGGAAGAAUAGGUCAAAAUGUUGAAGGCCAAAGGUGAGACCAGAAGGUUUGAGAAUGUGUUUUUUGGAUGCUAAGAAAGUUAAUGAAGAGGAGAAAAAACAAUGGUAUUACACAUCUUAUUGAGAAAGGAGAAAGCAUUCGGAUCUGCUACAAAACACGUAUCUAUUCAUACAGACUCGUGUUAUUCAGAUUGUGAACACAAUCACAUUAGCAUGAAUCCUUUAAAAGGAAGAAGACCUUAAAGUAUUUGCAAAUCUGAAUUUCUAUUUAUUCCUUCACUGAAUAUAGAAACAAUGGUUAUCUGAUUAUUAGAGAUAUUAUUUUGGAUAUGUUACUUAUUAACUCGCUAUGGCUGGUAACCAUGAUAAAGUCUGUUAUUAAUAACAACAUAAUUCUUUUUUUAAAAAAAAGAAGAGCUUAUUUUUCAUUGACUAUGUAUAGAUCUAUCUACUUAGUUGUGUUUUGCUAUUAGUGUUUUAAUUUUUUUUUUUUUUUUUUGGUUGAGUGUUCUGAUAAAUUUUAGGAGCCUGUCCCCACCUUAUUUUGAGUCCUGUGUUGACUGCAGGUAUACACCUCAAUUUAAAAAUCCUAAAGCAAAAGAAUUUUAUUUAUAAAAGAAUCAAACAGUUGCAUGCAUAAGGCUGUGAAGUCAGAUACUUAGAAAUAAAGCGGCAGUGCCUUUUUUUGUAUUCCCCAUUGACCCCCAAAUGCAACUGUUUUAUAUUAAGUAUAAUAGUAAACAACUGAAAAAUCACAGAGUAAAAUCUAUUUCACUACAUGUGUUUUUUCCCCCUUGUUCUGAUUUAUGCAGUGCGUACUUGGCAUCUCUACACUGUCCCAGGGACAGUGGUGUUCUACAAUAUUAUUACCAUGUAUGAUGUUUUAUUGGUGCUUUUUAUUCAUAGUGGUUUCUUACCAGAAACAGUAGGAAGAAACACAUGAACUGUGUACACGACAUGAAACAUUGCUGCUGAUAUAUUUUUUUCCACAUGCUUUUGAGUUUCACGUUUUAAAUGAGAGCCAGCAAGCAAAAUAGACACUGCUGGGUCAGACUGCCAGGGGUGGCUGUUUGCACCAAGCUCUCAAAUCCUGUGUAUUGAUGGUCCUCUUCUGGUACUCAGGAUUGGAGCUACAGCGAGGCAGGACCCCUCUCCCAUUCAUUUGAAGAGACACUGAGGAAAACAAGGUUUUCUUUUGAGGUGUCGCUGGCUGCCUUGUACAGAAUGGGAGCUUUCUCCAGGUCUUUUGUUCUUCCACACCUUUUGUAGCUAUUGCCGGUGCAAGGUUUGUAGAUGCAUAUUCCCUGAGAGCCUGGGCUGGAGGGCUGAGCUGAGCUGAAUGCAUAGGCUUGCAACCAGAAGAGCAGUGAGGGGAGGAAAAACCGGCCCGGCUCCAGCUUGGGGCAGGAAGCAGCCUACCCAAGGCGCUUAGGUGUGCCUGUUACAAGAAGAACCUACAGAAGGAUAAUUUGCACAUGGAGCUGUGAUAACACUAAUGUUGAUUUUUUUCUACAAGUCAUCAGAGAUGUUUGCAAAGUGAGUUUUAUUUUUUUGUAAUUCCUUUAUCUUUACUUAAAGGUGAAUGUGUAUUCCUCUGGGAGGAAUAGGAAGAAAACAGGAAUGUUAAUAAUGUCGAGCAGAAGACUUCCUCCCUUAUUAAUAUAUAACCCUCAUGUAUUUAUGCCUAAUGUAAGCUGACUUUUAAAAAAAGCUUUCUUUCGUUGCAUGCCCUGUGCAGGCAUCCAUAUUGUACAUGCAUGCCUUUCGUCCUGUCUUCCUGUAUAAAGUUAGUGAACAAAGAAAUAUUUUUGCCUAGUUCAUGUUGCCAAGCAAUGCAUAUUUUUUAAAUUUGUCAUAUAUGAAAAGAGCAUGUUUGUUACAUGUAAAAGCUUUACUGAUAUACAGAUAUACUAAUGUUUGAAGAUGCUGUUCUUUGCAAGUGUACAGUUUUCAAAUGUUGUUACCAGUGAAACACCCUUGUGGUUCAAACUUGCUACAAUGUAUUUAUUACUCAUUCCCUCCCAUGUAACUAAGAAUCAUGGCUAUAUUUCAUAUCAACGUUAUAUUGAAAGUGAAGGGAAAUGAUUAAUACAAGGUUUUGUAACACUGG